AUGGAUGUGAAUAACGUCACUACGGAAUUUAUAUACUUCCAUCUCCCUGAGGAGGUGAAGCCAGAGAAUGUCGAAAACGAAAAGGGAAAGCGACUCUUGGACUUGUUCCAAGAAGCGAAGCUUCAAGACGGAUACAACUGGUCGGCUUGGGGACGAUCCGAAGAGGAUAGGAACGCGUUGGUUUUGGUUAUUGAAUGGUCAAAUGAAGAUUCUACCAUGUCUACAAACGAGCUUGAGAACUUAGCUUGCCCUACUCCAGCAAUCGUCAAGCUCAGAACGACCCUUACACCUACACUAUCCUCGGUCGGAGGUAUCAAAUCAGCUCCGGUUGUGGAUAUCACAACGAUGCCGUUUGUGGCUGGCAUGUCAGUCGAGGAUGACACCGGUACCAGAGAGGUUCUCAGUACAAUGAGAGAGGCUGUGCUGAACAAGUUACCAGAGGAUCUGAAACCGUCGUAUUGGGUCAUGAGCACAUGGGAUACGCGCCCCGUGGUACCCCACCCGGAGAGCCCGACUGGUCAGAGUAUGUUGUAUGUUUUGGUAGUUGGAUGGCAGAGUACCCAGCAACAUUAUAACAUAUGGAAAUUUGAAGAUUUUCGAUCCAAGUAUAUUGGACCUGUUAAGGCAAAGAUGCUCUCAUACCCAGAGGGUAUUGGUAUGAAGCAUAUCGCUUUCAACUUAAUCUAA